UAUUAGAAAUUAUAAUCCUGUUAAAGACUUGAAUCAUUUCCAUCAUAGCUAUCUCUACCCGACUUCUCUCCCGUCUUCAAGUUAGAUCUAUAUAUCUAACCUCUAGACAACCAUUCCCCAAUCCCCUCCCUCUUUCCCCAAUUUCCAAACAGCAUCACACACGAAGCCAUACAUCCAACCCAGUAAAAAUGGCCUUCGAGACCAAAGCCACAAUCGCCAACUUCGGCGGCAAGCUGCUAAAGCUGCAACACCAAUCCACCAGCACCGGCACCCCCAUGGACGUGAACCUCUUCCUGCCCCCCAGCGUCUCCAGCGGGUCCAAGGUCCCCGUCCUAAUCUACCUAUCAGGACUAACCUGCACGCCCCAAAACUGCACCGAGAAAGGGUUCUUCCAAGCCGCCGCCGCACGCCGCGGCAUCGCGCUCGUAUGGCCGGACACCUCGCCCCGCGGCGCGAACCUCGCGGGCGAGACCGAGAGCUGGGACUUCGGGGCUGGAGCGGGGUUCUACGUCGACGCGACGCGGGAGCCGUGGAGCGCGCACUACAAGAUGGAGACGUACAUCACCACGGAGCUUCCCGGCGCGCUCUUCGCCGCGUUCGGCGAGCAGCUCGACGCCUCGCGGGUCAGCAUCACGGGACACAGCAUGGGCGGGCACGGCGCGCUGACGCUGUACCUCAAGAACCCCGGGAAGUACCGCAGCGUCAGCGCGUUCGCGCCCAUCGCGAACCCGAGCCAGUGUCCGUGGGGCAUCAAGGCUUUCACGGGCUACUUCGGCGACGCGGAUAAAGAGGCCUGGAAGAAACACGAUGCGACGGAGUUGGUGAAGACGUGGAAGGGCGAUUUGAAGGCCCUCGUGGAUGUGGGCACUGGGGAUAAUUUUUAUAAGGCGGGGCAAUUGUUGCCGGAGAAUUUUGAGAGGGCGGUUAAGGAGGCGGGGGUUGAGGGGUUGGAGUUGAGGUAUCAGCCUGACUACGACCACUCGUACUUCUUCAUGUCGAGCUUCGCCGAGGACCAUGUCGCACACGCUGCUAAAUACCUGCUCGCUUAGAGAGGGUUAGGGGAAGGUAGCUAUUCGUCAACUGGGAGCUUCGAGAGCUCGAGUUCCGACUGUGAACCGUGUUCGUUCCUAUGUUGAAUUCGGAACUUGCUAACGGAAGACUAUGGGUAAAAAGGACGAAGACACGGAUAUCUCGCCAUCGAGGUUAUGAUCGAGAUAGAGAACAGCAAGGCCUAAAUAUAGGUAUAGUGUAUCACUUAUGAAGGCGCCUGAUAGGAAGUCCUAAAAAGAAAUGUAUAUGCGGUUAUGAUUAACGCAUCAAGAACACACAAGCAUGCUUCUUAUGUAAAUUACGUA